UUAAUUCGGGUCAUUUUCCUUCGGGUUCCUCUCAUGGCAGGAGAGUGAGCGAGAGGAGCAUUUAGAACUCGUAAAACUUGGUGGUUGAUCUGCUCAACUAAACCUAUCAAUGCGAAAGGCUACCCAUCCACUCCAUUGGAGCUUCUCCUCCGACUGGCAUCUAUAAAAACCCUAGAUCUCUGAGCCCUUGUUCUGCUCGAGAAGAAAUCAUCUCUAGCUGGACUCGAUGGCGGGCUUUCUCUCAAUCGUGAAGCGAGUCUACCUCUCCAUCUACAACUGGACUGUGUUCGCCGGAUGGGUUCAGGUUUUGUACUUUGCUCUGAAGGCUUUGAAGGAAUCCGGGCACACGGCGGUAUAUGAUGCGGUCGAGAGGCCUCUGCAGCUUGCUCAGACUGCCGCAGUCAUGGAGAUUCUUCAUGGCCUUGUAGGACUGGUAAGGUCUCCAGUGACGGCAACUUUGCCUCAGAUUGGUUCAAGAUUGUUUGUAACUUGGGGCAUCUUGUGGAGUUUCCCCGAGACUAGAACACAUCCACUAGUUAGCUCCCUGGUGAUCAGCUGGUCCAUUACAGAGAUUAUUAGGUACUCUUUCUUUGGUAUGAAAGAGGCACUUGGCUUUACACCUUCCUGGCUCUUGUGGCUUAGGUACAGCACCUUUCUGAUACUGUAUCCAACUGGCAUCACCAGUGAGGUUGGCUUAAUAUAUACUGCCCUGCCCUACAUAAAGGCAUCUGAGAAGUAUUGCAUUAGGAUGCCCAAUACAUGGAAUUUCUCCUUUGAUUACUUCUAUGCAUCCAUUAUUGCGCUUGGAAUCUAUGUCCCAGGUAGCCCUCACAUGUACCGUUAUAUGCUUGGGCAGCGGAAGAAGGCUCUCUCCAAGUCUAAGACAGCAUAGGCCUGAUCAACAAGGACAUAUGAUAUAUUUAUUUUGUUGAGUGAUGUUAAGUCAUUGCUGUUAUGAAAUUUUUGGCGGGCAAAGCUUAUUAUCUGUAGAAGUUUAGAAGCUACUAAAUGUUGGGUUGCAAAUGAAAGAAUGUUUUAUUUCUCUGUGUGCUUUAUCUGGUCUAA